AUGAUGGGGGAAAUGCAUCAGCUAAAGAAAGAAUCACCGGACACGUUUGAUUAUUGCCAACGUAUCCUUGGGUCUAUCACACUUGCCCUGCGGCCACUACAUCUGACCGAGCUCGGUCUUCUGGCUGGACUUGAACCGGAGCUUGCUGAAGAUCAAGCAUCUCUAGAGGAGAUUGUUGGAUUAUGUGGCAACUUUCUAGUUGUCCGCAAAGGAAUGAUCUAUUUUGUCCAUCAAUCAGCCAAAGAUUACCUUACUACUCAUGGAUGCAAGGAGGUGUUCCCAAAUGGCGACGCAGUUAUCCACUCAGGCAUUGUUUCGCGCGCGUUAGAGGACAUGUCGAAUACAUUGUGUCGGGAUAUUUGGAAUCUACACGACCCCGGGUGCGCUGUGGAAGAGAUUGAAGCUCCUGUUCCAGAUCCGCUUCGAUACGUUCGAUACGCAUGUACCUAUUGGGUCGAUCACCUCUGUGAGCUCGACUCGUAUACUCAACAGAGCUUGGGACUAUGCGAUAAUGGCGCAGUCAGUGCAUUUUUCCAGAAACAUUUCCUCCAUUGGCUGGAGGCUCUCAGUCUGCUACGGAGUAUAACAAGUGCAGUGGAGAUGCUGGCAAAAUUGGAACAGUCUCUUACAGAAAUACCUCGUGAUUCCGCUCAGCUUCUCUCAAUCGUUACGGAUGCAAAGCAUUUUGUCGAUUAUCAUCAAUAUGUCAUCGGGAACGCACCACUACAAUUGUAUAUUUCCGCUUUGGUCCUCAGCCCUUCGUCAAGUCAAGUCAAGGCCCUGUUUGAAGACCAAGCACCCUCAUGGAUCAAAAAGGCACCACUUAUGGAUUCAGAUUGGAAGUUGCACGUUCAUAUACUAAACGGGGCUAAAGUCAUGCCGAUCUCCGUCGCAUUCUCUCCGGAUGGACAAUUCGUGGCAUCGAGUUCCAGUGAUACAACAAUCCGGAUAUGGAACGCAAACACAAAGGCAGUUCAGCGGGUUCUGGACAGCCAUAUAAAACUCGUGUUCUCGCUGGCUUUCUCGCGCGAUGGCACUUUACUAGCCUCCGGUUCGACCAAGACGAUCUUCGUCUGGAGCCAUCACACAGGGCAGGUAAUAAAGACCUUGGAGGGCCAUGGAGACCUUGUGCACUCGGUGGCAUUCUCCCGCGAUGACAAAAUGUUGAUUUCUGGCUCACACGACAACUCAGUGCGCAUAUGGGAUGUGCAGACCGGAAAACUCCUCCGAAUCCUUGAAGGCCAUACCGCCGCGGUGAGAUGUGUUGUGGUUUCGGCGCAUUCCCAGGUUGCGUCGUGUGGGGAUGAUGGUACAAUUCGAACGUGGGACGCGAACACAGGAGCUCUGAAGCACAUACUGACACCUGAUUUGGGCAUCAUCUGGUCUAUAUCAUUCUCUCCUGACGGGAAAUUCGUGGCCGCCGCCGCCGGCGCGACGCUACAAAUAUGGGAUGUCAACCACUUACAGCUUCAGGAAAUAUACCAGCGAGACAGCAUGCGGGCAUCAUCUGUGGACUUUUCCCCGAACGGGCAACGCUUGGCCGUGGGAUUCCAGGAUGGAAUUGUUCAAAUAUGGAAUGUUGAAGCGGGGUCAUGGUCACUACUUCAAACAUUGGAGGCUGGAGAAUGGGUACAGUCCGUAGCUUUCUCUGGUGACAGUCGCAGACUUGCAAUUGCAUCCAAGGCGACAGUGCGUAUAUGGGAUACAGAGAUUCAAGUAUCGCAGGGGAUUCUGGCAGCCCACACGUUGCCGAUUAGGUCAAUCACCGCGUCGCCUUGUGGAAAGUGGCUAGCAACUGGGUCGGUAGACUGCGCUGUUGGUCUAUGGGACCGAGCAACAGGGCUGCUAGUACGCACACUAGAAGGACAUACAUCCACAAUUGACUGCGUGGAAUUUUCCCCAGAUGGAAAUCUCAUAGCAUCUGGGUCUCAUGAUUCGACGAUUAGAAUUUGGGAUACCCAAACGGGCGAUACAACACAUGUUUUUACUGGUCAUUCCGACCAUGUACAUGCGUCUGUAUUCUCACGUGAUGGAAGGAGAGUUGCAUCUGGAUCUAAGGACAAUACGACACGGAUCUGGGACCCGUACACCGGGGUUUUGGAUAAAACCAUAGAGACCUACUGGCCUUAUGCGGUUGCCUGGUCUCAAAACGGACUGUUACUGGCAUCAGGCUCCUGUGGGGCCGGUGUCCGCAUAUGGAACGCAGAGACAGGCGAGUUACAAGGCGAGAUACAAGGCGAGCCAGGCCGCAACGGAAUAUGCGUGUCAGUUGCUUUCUCUCAUGACGGGCGUUACCUGGCCUGUGGCUUUGUCCAUGGUUCCAGUGAAAUCAUGAUAUAUAAUGUAGAAACUGGAGUUCUGCAAGACGCCAUUCUCUUUAAAAUGGUGCCUUCAGGCUUGAGCUUUAGCGAAGACGGUUCGAACCUCUUCACUAACUUUGGCAGCAUCGCAAUUGCAUUGAAGCAGACUCCCGCACAGGCCCCAGAAGCGAACGCCAACGACGGCAUGGAGUUGACUGCCCCCCAGCAUAGAGAAGCGGAAUGGGUUGGAUACGGCCUGGAUUUUGAUAUCUCCUGGAUUACGUGGAAUGGUAGAAGACUCCUCCGGCUACCGUUGGAAUACCGAGGCCGGCCGCAUCUAGUCCAAGACCGGUUGAUUGCUCUUGCACAUGGGUUGGGUCGGGUGAUCAUCUUUGAGUUUGCAGAUGGUAUGUCGCCAUUGUAA